AUGUCUAGCAAGGUGCCCAAGGUUAGGCUGCCCCCUCUUCCACGGCUAAAGGUCAAGAAUCCCAUUAUCGAGAAAGAAGCUAACAAAUGUUUAGUUCUAAUGUCCAACCUAUUGCAAUGUUGGUCAUCGAAUGGACACAUGAACCCUGCAUGUGAUGAGCUAGUAACACAACUAAAGGCUUGUAGCUCAGAUAAAGCUGCAUACACUAACAAGUCACCUCGUAAGAAUACUAUAAACUACCAUGCCGCUAGACUGUAUCCUAGAAUUAGCGGUAAGCCGCAUGAUUGA